UUAAAAUGCAAACAGAGAAACCUACACCAAAGACAGAAGCUGAUUAUUAAGCUAUGGCAGCAUAACAUACAGAUGAAAAAUUAUAAGAAGAAAUCAUUAAACUACAGAAGAGAUUACAAGAUUUGAAACACAGUUGUGCAAGAGAAGGAAGUUUAAAAAAACAAUAUGAAGAUUAAUUAGAAGGUACAAAGAAGAGAGUGUAAAAUAUAUAUAUUAUAUGAAGGGGUAAUAUGACAACACUACCAUAUUUGGUAGCAAACAUAGUAGAAAUUUUAGAUAUAGAGGCAGAAGACAAAGAUUAAUAAGAUUAAUCUGUGACAGAUGAUUAUGCUAAUAUAUCUGGAAAAGGUGUAGUAAUUAAGAGUACAACAAGACAGACAAUCUUUUUGCCAGUCACAGGUUUAUUAAAUGCAUCCUAAUUAAAACCUGCAGAAUUGAUUGGUGUUAAUAAGGAUGGAUAUAUGUUGUAUGAGAAAUUACCGACAGAAUAUGAUGCAAGAGGUAAAUAAUUCAAAUCUAAUUAUAUUAGUAAAGACAAUGGAAGUAGAUGAAAAGCCAUAAGAAGAUUACACAGAUAUUGGAGGAUUAGAUAAAUAAAUUGAAGAAUUAAGAGAAGCAAUAGUUUUACCUAUUGUUCAUAAAGAAAGAUUUGAAAAUAUUGGAAUUAGGUAUUUACAUCAUUUAUAUUUAAAUAGACCACCAAAAGGUGUAUUAAUGCAUGGACCACCUGGAACUGGUAAAACUAUGAUGGCAAGAGCAUGUGCUGCUUAAACUAAAGCCACAUUUUUAAAGUUAGCUGGACCUUAAUUAGUAUAAAUGUUUAUUGGAGAUGGUGCUAAAAUGGUUAGAGAUGCAUUUUAAUUGGCUUAAGAAAAAGCACCUGCUAUUAUAUUUAUUGAUGAAUUAGAUGCUAUUGGUACUAAAAGAUAUGAUAGUGAUAAAAAUGGAGAUAGAGAAGUAUAAAGAACUAUGCUUGAAUUAUUAAAUUAAUUAGAUGGUUUUAGUCCUGAUGAUAGAAUUAAAGUAUUAUUAAGAUUAUAUAUUAUAUUAGGUCAUUGCAGCUACUAACAGACCUGAUAUUUUAGAUCCAGCUUUAUUAAGAUCUGGUAGAUUAGAUAGAAAAAUUGAAUUCCCUUUACCAAAUGAAGAGGCUAGAGCUUAAAUUCUUAAAAUUCAUUCCAGAAAAAUGUCUGUUGCUAAAGAAACUGUUAAUUAUAUUGAAAUCGCUAGAAGUACUGAUGAAUUUAAUGGUGCAUAAUUGAAAGCAGUCUGGUAUUUUUAUUUUAUUAUAUAUUCUCAAGUGUUGAAGCUGGUAUGAUUGCUUUAAAUAGAGGGGGAACAUUCUUGAUUCAUGAAGAUUUCGUUGAAGGAAUUGCUGUUGUACAAGCUAAAAAGAAAAGUAGUUUAAAUUAUUAUGCUUGAAUUGUAUUCCAAC